GAUCUCGGUCGUCUGGACGAACCCUACCGACUUUCAUGGGUACGACAUUUAGACGGUAGGGUUCGUCCAGACGACCCUAGGAACGGUAGCGCUCGUCGUGGCGGAGGGCUACAACAACAUACUGUCUAUAUUGGUCAAUAUAAACAAAAAGCAGUUCAAAAGUGUCAAUUCAGGUUUAGUGCAGGUUUAGUGCCGUUUCUCACAGUAUGUCAGGCAGAGAUUUGCUUAAAGAUUCUUUGGCCGGGCAUCGAACCAGAACCAAAGCCGAAAAACGAAAAAAUGAUACUUUACAACAAGAACGGGUAAGGGUUAAACGUUCAGGGAACUUCUUCCAAAAUUUUGGCAGAAACAGAGGCCAAAAUGUUACCCAACCUGAUGAAGUUGUAACAGUUUCUAAUCAAGAAAGUGCUGGUACUGCUAGUGAAAUAACUCCCAGUAAUGAAAGAAGUGGUGUACAGGAUAUAAUUCAUUCAGUCGCACUGGAACAAGACAUCAUUGAAGCAAGCAUUUUACAAUAUAACAAGAAGAAAAAGGAAGCCAAUCAAGAAAGCGAGUGGAAAACUCGCAUGAAAGACAAGGAAGAUGCUUGGGAUUCCAAGAGAGAUGCUGUCUUUCAAAACUACAUUAGCUCCCGUUCCUACACUGAAAGUAAAUGUGGUGUAUGUGAAAAAGUCACUAAUCCUGUUCGUUGCUUUACUUGCAAGCAAGAUUUCUGCAGCAAAUGUGAUAUGAUCACUCACCGCAAACUGGUACUACACAAUAGGGAGGUGUGUGAGAAUGGCGAAAAUUUAAAAUUCUUGCGCCAAAACGAGUUCAUAUCUGAAGAUGGGUACAUCACUGUUGAAGUGUCACUUCCUUUACUUGUGACUUCCUGUCCAGAAUGCAAAAGCCCUCAUUCGUGUACUACGAAACCUGGUUCAAGAGACGUAGCCGUAGUUACAGCCAAUGGUCGUUGGGAUAUGAAGUCAACUGUUGUGGAGUGCAACGUUUGCCUUUAUUGGUUCGAAGCAAAAGCGGAAGAUUAUUUUGUUUCUGGCUUUCAGCCAUCAUCCGCUGUAGAUGAGACUUCAUUCUUUCUCAUUUGUACUGAUCUUCUGGACUGGUGCUGGCAUUUUCAACACAAAAUGCCUGGUAUUUCCAUGAACAAAAUUGUAGAAACUAUUCAAGAAAUCUCUGAACAACAUAAUCGAUGCACCAGUUUGAGUAACACCGAAUUCCUCAUGGCUGUAAGAGAAUACGAGUUUAAUCGUAUUCGAAUUCAAAAAGAGAUAUUAAGGGUAGAGCACAUGAAAUGCAAAGCUUGCGGAGCCAAACCGCUAGCUUGUCAUGUUGACGGCAACAUGAAAUGUUAUAGAUGUGAAUCGGCUCAAGGUCAUGGAGCGAAAGAGCUAUUGGAAAACGUGGCGAUUGCGAGAAAUGAUGACGUAGAAGCUUUUGUUGCGGAAGUUAACAAAGCUAUUCCUGAGACUAAAGGGAACGCUACAUGUGGUGGUUCCACAUUCAAAGCCGGAAAAUCUGAUUCUCAUUCCCAUUCAAAGAAAAUGGAUGAAACAGGGAUCGUGUGUAUGUGCUGUCGACACGGUUUAGUUCUCCGUGCAGCUAACAUUCAUCGUGGUGAAACAUACCGAGUAAUUGCUUUCCUUCAAUGGUGGGCAUUGCAAUUCGGGAUAUUGUUUUUCUGUUAUGACGUCAUCUGCCGUUACUGGCCUUUCGCUAAAAAACUAGGAAACAUUAAUGCUAGGUUUGCUUGUCUGACGACAAAGAUGAAACCUUUUCUUUCACGAUUUCAUGGGAAAGCGCAUGCUUGGGCGUGUCAGGUAUUAUGGUUCGGUCAUUUUCGGAAAGGCGCUGCUGCGACCGUCGGAGAAGAAAUGGAACAAGGUUUCAGUAAAAUCUCAAGAUACAAUGCAUCUACAAAGCACAUGACUAGUUCUAGUGAGAAAUUUUAAAUUGAGUAGCGAUUUCACGUUUGUGUUGACUUUUUGUACUUUUAGACAGAAACGAUCACCUAACUAAAGGUUUUAUCUAUGAAAAUACAAGCAAAGAGAAGAAAA